UAAACAAACUCAGAUAAUAUGUUCUAUCUCUUUCUCGAUAAGUUGGAAUUUCCAUCAUCCCAAUGCUAAUAAAUAAAUUCUUCAUUGCGAUUUAGAGGUUAGGCAAUAGUAGUACAAUUUAUUACUAAAAUCUCGUUUUAGUUAAAUGAGAUGGCUAGCAAGGUUUUAUUUUUGGUUUUCUUUGUAAGCAUUUUUUAUUAUUUUGAUGAGGGUCAAAGUGCAACCGAGUAUGUAUCGCCUGUGUUAAAAAAUAACAAAUUGCCCCCAAAUUGGUUUACAUAUGAAGGGAAAACUUAUUAUGUGGGCACUGUUUUAAAGGCAAACUUUUAUGGUGCGUGGCAGUACUGUAGACAGCAAAAGAUGCAGUUGUUAAGCAUUAACAGUAGAGAGGAAUCAGAUAGAAUUGCAAAAUUCAUUGUAGAUAAUGGUUUAAUUAACGAUCAAUUUUGGACAUCAGGCUCAAAUUUUGGUGAUGGAAAAACCUGGGUAUGGUUAUCGACAGGGAAAAAAAUUUCCUACACAAACUGGUAUCCUGACCAACCUGAUAAUUAUGAUUCAUCUGAAAAUUGCAUAGAAGUGAAAUAUUGGGAAGGCAAAGGUUUUCUAUGGAACGAUGAAGGCUGUCUGAAUGAAGUUUAUUUUAUUUGCGAAUCUGUACCAGGUUGUAAAUAAGUUUAUAAGAAAUAUAUAUUUUUUUCUAAUCGCAUAUUUUAACUAAUUCAUUAGACAUUCAUUAUCUGUAUUUUAAUGUUUAUUGAAAUUCAUUUUGAUGUAUAUUUUUAUUAAGAUACAAGAUUAUAGCCAAUAGAAAUGCAAUUUCACAGUAAUACGAGUCUUUGGUCAAUAUCAAAUAUUGCCAUAAACAUCUGAUAGAUCUAAAAUGUAUCACAUUUAUCACUAGGUAUUACUGUUUACAAAGUAAAUUCCUAAAAUUUAUAUUUUUGUACAUAAAGUCGGUAAAAAUGAAAUGGAGAAUCUAACGCCUCCAAAAUUUGUGGAACAGAUCCCAAGAGCCGCAAACAAUAAUUUAUUAUCCUCGAAAUCCGCAGAGGCAUACGAAGAAUUUUACACUCAAUUUAUGGAUUGGAGAGAUAAAAAUACGACAAGCAGCUUUUCAGAAAAUGUAUUAAUCGUUUAUUUUGAUGAAUUAUCAAAAAAAAUGAACAUAAUUUUUAAAUCCAUUUGAUAUAUUUAACACCAGGUGGACGUAUCAAAAUAUCCAAAAUUUCAGGCCUUGAAAAGAAAAAUUAAUUUAAGGGUUUAAAAUAAAAAAAAAAAAACUUAAACUAAAACGAAAUAAAGCAAUGUGUUAGAGAAAUCCCAGAUGUUAAAUGUUUAAUAUCUAAUUAAAUUAAGGUACUUCUGCAUAAAAUGUGUUGGUAAGAAAUAUAUUACAUGGUACUAAGUGGAGAAGUACUCUAUUAUAGUAGACGGCACAGAUAAAUUUUACUAUUCCACAAUUAAAUAUCAGUAUUAUUAAUAUAUUUAUACAUAAUUUUCAAAGACACCGCCGACCUUCAGCUUAGAAAACACAGUUGCCAUACUGCAAAAAUAAAAUGGUGCAAUCAAUUCUAUUACAGCUAAACGACUGUGUUAAACGCAUAGUACCUUUCAAGCAAAUAUGCUGGAACCGAAUAUCCAAUAAAUAUUUUAUGCCUGGCAACGCUGUACGAUCAGAAUCUGUCGGCUCGAUUAAUUAUAACCUCCUAUAACACCUUAAUUUUAGCGUCUCCAAGAUAACCUGUAAGGAAAGCCGGUCAACAUGGACUGGGAUAUCCAAUAGUAAUUCUGUGAUUUUGUUCAACUCAUGUUCUAAUUGGUUAUUUGGCAUGCUUCUAUGCGUUAUCGUCAUGUUGACUGAGCACAUAUGGACAAUAUUUGUUUAUCCAGUGUUGUAUUCACAUUUCUGUUUGGAUUUUUGGUUUAUAAAAAAAAUGGCUAUUUGGGGGCCCUUUGAAAGUGAUGAAAAUAAUGUAAUCCCUGAAGGCAUGUAAAUAAUUAUAAUUUUGAUUGACUAUUUUUUAAAUAAAUAGGAUUAGUUACACCUCAAAGAAACUAAAUUGAUAUUUAAAUAUAUAAAUUGUAAAAUUUAAACAGUUCAAAGUGGGCGUUGGUAGUUUAAAUUAUUGUUAACCUAUACAGGGUGAUUCACAAAGAAAAGGUUAUAUUUUACCUGCAAAUUCUUUAGUGGAAAAUGUUAAGAUUUGGCUUAGAACGAGGGGUCAAAUAUUAUUAUAUACUGAGAAAAUGUAAAAAAUAUAAAACCUGUACGAGAAUACUUUAUUAAAAAAGUGACAAGCUGAAUAAAUUUAUAUUAAUUAAUAACUAGUAAAUAGAUGAGACUUUAUUAAGAUUACCAUUUCAACGUUUAUGGCACAAUUAAAUAAAACAAACAAUUGG